UUCGCUCUUUUUCCCGUGAAACGUCAACACGUUAGCACGCGUUUUGCUCGCGUUUCCAAAGAGGAUUUCUUUGCUCGGAAGUGUCCACCGUGUGUAAACCAAUCCGCCUGCCACCAUGGGUCGUAUGCACGCUCCCGGAAAGGGUAUCUCCCAGUCGGCGCUGCCGUACCGCCGUUCCGUGCCGUCCUGGCUGAAGCUGAACGCCGACGACGUCAAGGAGCAGAUCAAGAAGCUCGGCAAGAAGGGCAUGACCCCGUCCCAGAUCGGCAUCAUCCUGCGGGACUCGCACGGCGUCGCCCAGGUCCGCUUCGUCAACGGCAACAAGGUUCUCCGCAUCAUGAAGGCGGUCGGCCUGAAGCCGGACAUCCCCGAGGAUCUGUACUUCCUGAUCAAGAAGGCCGUCUCGAUCCGCAAGCAUCUGGAGCGCAACCGCAAGGACAUCGACAGCAAGUUCCGGCUGAUUCUGAUCGAGUCGCGCAUCCACCGGCUUGCCCGCUACUACAAAAUCAAGGCCGUGCUGCCGCCCAACUGGAAGUACGAGUCCAGCACCGCCUCGGCCCUGGUCGCCUAAGGAGGGAGGAAGUUGCCGCUUUUACGUUAGAGUUAAAUCUGUGAACCAACAAUUUCCACACAACAAAAACACAGCUGGAAGAUCGAUGUGGGAGGAGAGAAAAAAAAAACAAAACCAAUCUGUGAAGGGAGUUCAGCGCACUUUGCCAUGUUUUCGUCGAAUCAAAGAGGAAUUCAAUAAAUGGUGAAACGUUGACAAAAACAA